CAGAGCCGAACGACGACAACAACCGCUGGCAAACCGACCACCAACGCCCUUCGCAGGCCAAGCGACCCUUAUUCCUCGACCUACACCUAGCCUAGCACGUCAAUGUAGCUAGCAGCUCGCCGCAAUGUCAUCGCCAACGCCGUAUUCAUCGACCUACGACGCCGCGUUACGCCGCCAACCAUCCACCCGGUCAAUGUCUCGCUCUGCGCUCUCCAGAACCAGCUCGCGACGAACAUCCCCAGAGAUCCAGAGCUCGAGAUCAGCAGCGAGUGGGUCAGGGAUGGCCAAGAAGUACUCUGCAGGAGGGGAUAGCUCGGACGAGGAGGUCCCCGAACCGAAAUUCAGCGCAUCCGUCAAAGCGCUUUUGGGUGAGGAUGGCCUGGGCUCGUCUCCGCGCCUACAAAACAGCAUUAAAGAAGUGUUCCAAGGGAGCAAUGAACGGCCCCUUUCCACCAUGACAAAUAAAAAUGAGCGCGUUUUUCGGAUGGCCUCCCCCAGUAAUUCCUCUAAUGGGAGUCCGGCACCGAGAAUCGUGCGGGUGGGUAGUGCCAAACGGGAGGGUUCUGCCUUGUCAUCAUCACGCAAUGAAACCCAGGAGUAUGAUUCAAGGGAGCGUGCAAUUGAUCUGAUUACUCCUGCUCCGCGGCUGCGGAGUGUUCGCAUCUCCGGCUCACGCAGCCACUCUCAAUCCCCGGCAUCCAUCUCCCCGAGUCACGGCAGAUCUCUUGAAAGGAGUCGAGAAGGAGGAGAUUACGGGAGUGCAGGCCGCUCGGAGGAUGAAUACAGGGCAAGGUAUGAAGAUGACGCGCCGCGCAUCGGUACUGCAUCGGUUCUUCGUGCUCGCAGCGGAGAAGAAGUCGGGAUGCAAAGCUCCAUCCGAGUCAAGAGAGUUGGACGCCUGACAGGCACAUUUCUAAACGGACCGGCAAGAAGAGGUGUCCUGCGGAGACAGAGCGAGGAGAACAACGAAACCGGACUAGAAGAGGGCGAGGAUAUUGGCGAGCCUCAUGCCAGAGACAGAGCCAAAUCGUCGUCAUCUCCCAUGGUUUCAUGGGCAGAUUCAAUGCCCCAACCCACCAGUGGCGGGAAGCGCUCUCCAGACGUGGUCAAUGGGGUUGCCGGCGACGGACUAUUUUCGCGCUCAACUUCCCCGAAAUCCUAUGGAUCGAACAUCAAGUCCACCCCGGGCUCCUUAUCAGAGGGAUCGUCACUCAAGUCAUCCGGUGAGAGGGAACAACCGGUAUUCAAGGUACCUCCAUUGCCCCCGCUACCCGCCACGCGGGAUCAAGAAAAUGAGCCCCCGCCAACAUUCAAGCGCGUCAAGUCUCAGGGAUUUAACCUGUUGGAUAAACCCGAGAAGUACUCCGUCAUCUAUGCCGAUGAGAAGAAGAAGAAGGAGGCGGAGGCUCCUGAGGUCCCUGCGGCCCAUUCCGAAAGAAAGAUCCUUUCCACUCGGAGCAGCAACACCCCGCACCGACCUGCUCCCCCGCCGCCCAAGAUGUCGGUGCUUGAGACUGCCACGGCGACGGGGGGCGCUUCCACAGCCUCUCAAUCGCGGAAGAAGCGCAGCCAGGUCUCGGUUAACCACAAGCCGUUCACCCGCUUGGAUUGCAUCGGUCGUGGUGGCAGCUCCCGAGUCUACAGGGUCAUGGCGGAAAAUUACAAGAUUUUUGCACUCAAGAGGGUGAACCUCGAAGACGUCGACCCCCUGACCCUGACCGGGUACAAGGGUGAGAUUGAUUUGCUGAAGAAGUUGGAGAAUGUUGAGCGAGUCGUGCGCCUCUUUGACUGGGAGCUCAACCAGGAUAAGCAUACUCUCAGUGUACUGAUGGAGAUUGGAGAAUCUGAUUUGGAAAAGAUUUUGACUUAUCGUCUGAACGCGGAAGAUGCCAUUUUUGAUAUCAACUUCACUCGUUACUAUUGGAAAGAGAUGUUGGAAUGUGUCCAAGCCGUCCACAGCUUCAACAUUGUCCACUCCGAUCUGAAACCGGCCAACUUCCUCCUGGUCCAGGGCCGCCUCAAACUGAUCGAUUUCGGCAUUGCCAAUGCCAUUCAAGACAACACGGUCAACGUGCAUCGCGAGCAGCAGGUCGGGACCCCGAACUACAUGUCCCCGGAGGCUCUGAUCGACUCAAACGCCUCGCUUGGUUUGCCGGCGAGCGUGGGAAAAGUGAUGAAGCUCGGGAAGCCCAGUGACGUGUGGAGUCUGGGGUGCAUCCUUUACAAGAUGGUGUAUGGCCAGCCCCCCUUUGCGAAGAUCGCCAAGUACUACGAGCGCAUCAUGGCGAUCCCCAACCCAAAAGUCCAGAUCGACUUUCCGGCCUACGGCGUCGGGGGCGUCAUGGUACCGCCCGGCCUGCUCCGAACGCUGAAGCGCUGCCUCCAGCGCGACCAGACCCUCCGGCCGACUGUCGAGGAGCUUCUGAGCGACCGGGACCCUUUCCUCUACCCCGACGCCCAACUCGAGGGCUCCGUCCCCAUCACACAGGACAUGCUCGGCCGGAUCCUGGCCAAUGUCGUGAAUCACUGUCGUGUUCGCGGCGUGCCCAAAGACGAAGAAUUAGCUGCCUGGCCGGCGGGAUUCUUUGACAAAAUCAAAGCAGCGUUAGAAGAACAGAACAGUUGACCGAACCUCUAGAUCUUGUCUUUUUCUUUUUCUUUUUUAUUUAUUCCCUUUUCUCUUACCAUUGAAUGAUCUAAUGAUUGGCGUUUUACGGUCCGGCUCUGUCAGCCGCCUAUUUCCUCUGUUUGUUUCUAUUGACCUCGUUGGUCCGACUUUCUUUUCCUUUUCUUGUAUCUAUUUGGGUCUACCACUCUACAUGGACGGACUGGCUCAUACGGGCUUUUUCGGAUAGCCCUCCCCCCUUUCUCUCUCUCUCUCUCUCUCUCUAUAUGUUUCUGCUGAAGCGUUCAAGCACUGCAUCAUUUAGAUGUCUUCUUGGGACAUGAUUGCAUCGGCGGGUUUGACUGGGAGUUUCACCUUGAUAUAUAUCCAU